AUGGUAGCUCAUAAAGCAGAAUUCUUACCUUCAACAACCUCAGACAUCUCGUCAGUCUUACAAGGUGGUUACAACCAUCCAUUAUCACGAGAAUGGCAACAAGAAAGACAACUUACUAAAAACAUGUUCAUCUUCCCCCUUUUCAUUACUGAUAAUGCUGAUGAAGAAAGUCCAAUUCCUUCAUUACCUAAUAUUAAACGUUAUGGUGUUAACAAAAUGAUUCCAUAUGUCAAAACAUUAGUUGAAAAAGGUUUAAGAGCAGUUAUAUUAUUUGGUGUCCCAUUAAAAGAAGGUGUCAAAGAUGAAGUAGGCACUGCUGCCGAUGAUCCAGAAGGUCCAGUUAUUCAAAGUAUUAAAGCAUUACGUAAAAAUUUCCCUGAUUUAUUCAUCAUGUGUGAUGUUUGUUUAUGUGAAUAUACUAAUCAUGGACAUUGUGGGAUUUUGAAUGAAGAUGGAUCUUUGAAACGUGAACCAUCGGUUCAAAGAAUUGCUGCUGUUGCUGUUAAUUAUGCCAAAGCGGGUGCUCAUUCGGUUGCACCUUCUGAUAUGAUGGAUGGUAGAAUUAAGGAUAUUAAAAUUGGAUUAAUGAACGCUGGACUUGCUCAUAAAUGUUUGGUUAUGUCUUAUGCGGCCAAAUUUAGUGGGAAUUUAUAUGGUCCUUUCAGAGAUGCUGCUGGUAGUGCACCAAGUCAUGGUGAUCGUAAAGCAUAUCAAUUACCACCAGGGGGGUCAGGAUUGGCUCGUAGAGCUUUAAAGAGAGAUAUGGAAGAAGGUGCUGAUGCAGUAAUUGUCAAACCAUCUACUUUUUACUUGGAUAUUGUCAGUGAUGCAGCAAGGUUAUGUCGUGAUUAUCCAAUUUGUGCAUAUCAUGUCAGUGGUGAAUAUGCUAUGUUACAUGCUGCUGCUGAAAAGGGAAUUGCUGAUUUGAAGGGGCUUGCAUUUGAGAGUCAUCAAGGGUUUUUGAGGGCUGGUGCAAGAUUAAUUAUAAGUUACUUCACUCCUGAAUUCUUGGAAUGGUUAGAAGUUUAA